GUUGUGUUUAUGCGUGGAGAGGCAUUUUGGAGAGUUAAAAAAAAAAAAAAUUGCGAGUUCGUGGUCACAUGGGAAGCGUUCACAUGGUAGAAUCGCGCGCGGAAAGGUAUAGAGGAGAGAUAUAGAGAGUACUCAUCGCGAAAAAAUAUCGGGGCCAAAAUAUAGAGGUACUACAUCGCGGAAAAAUAGCGGGGCCAAAUGUUUGGAGGUAUUUUAUCGGAGAUAAAAGGGAUCAAAUUAACACCCCCUGGGGUGCUCUCCUUCGACGUCUCACUUUGCGGGGAAAUUCCUCCCAUCCCCUCUCCUCUCCAGCUGAGGAGCACUGUUUAGGCGCUCUAUUUAGGUGCCCUCUUGAGGAGCCCUGUGUAGGCGCCCUAUUUAGGAGCCCCUUUUCGAACCCCUAACCUCCCCACCGUUUCGCCCCUGCAUGGGUGUACGCGCAGCAUUUACGCAUGGGUGCUCCUCUCCCCGUGGGCAUACUACCCUAGGUGCUUCUAAAUGCGAAUGGUUACCCCUUCCCCCUCGCGCGUACCCAAUAGCGGAGUGACAGCAGUACGCUGUUAGAGAGAGACGCAUCGUACCUGAGGCAGAAAGGCUCCUACAGGGACUAUCCCCCGAGGAAAGUGACCCUCCUACAGGUUGGCUGUGUACACAUAGGGCGCAAAUUGCCAGCCGCCAAUCGCAAAACGCCAACCGCCGACCGCGCCCACCGCGAAUCCCUGCACGUAAAUGCCAGAUAGCCAGCAGCUAGGAUGAAAGCGAAAAGGGACGAUGAAAACCUAUUUUCCGAUAAUGAAGAGUACGAAAAAAUUAAGAAAAAAACGCUGUUCAAAAUUCUCCUCUCUGUGUUUAUCAAGACGCUAUUUGAAUCCUUCCUACAGCCGCUGCUCCCAUUUUAUAUAUUAAACUACUAUGACAUCCAAGUGAAGGAGCUAGGGAUUUUAUUAAGCUUUUACUCGCUCUCCCAAUGUGUAAUGUGCCUGAUUAUAGGGUUCUUUUCCUCCAUCAAUAAGAAGCAUUUACUUGUAUUUCUAAUUCUGUUAAACCUGAUUGGUAUGUACCUAUUUUACGUAAAAUUGAAUUUCCCUUUACUAAUUAUAAACAGAAUUAUAUGUGGCAGUAGCUCCGUGUUCAUCGUCGUCGUCAAUGCUAUUAUCAACGAUUUGGUUGACACAGAUGUGUGUAUUUAUUACACGUACAUAAAUGUAUUUAAUGCAAUUGGAAUAAUCCUGGGGCCAUUGCUAUCUUCGCUGUUUUUAACAAUAUUUAAUUUCCAAAUUAUAUUAAAUUUUAACACCCUUGGGUUAAUUGCCUCUCUUCUCAUCGUGUUGACAAUUUCGAGUGAGUUACUUGCACACAAUCAGGACAACAUAAAAAAAAAAAUCAUCGAAGAUGCUAAUUUGGUCACUCUGAAUGUGGACACUGAGGGGAGGAAAAAAAAAGCUCAAAAAGGUUUGCCUUCCAAUGGGGGGAAUGCCCCAUACCUGAACGACCCGAUCGAGUCCCAAUUUAGAAACAACCCUGCGCAGAGUGGCAGGGAUAGGCACGAAACGGCCAGCUGCAAAAGAGGAGCGAAUUCCGCGAGUGGAAAGUUGGUUGGUGAAAAUUCCCCAAAUAGCCACCUGCUUAGCAAAGAAAAAAAACACACGGUCGAACGCUACAAGAAGAAGCUUUUCCAUGACGACCAUGACGAAUUUUCCGAACGGUCAUAUCAGCAGUUUUUGAAGAGACGGGAUUACUUUUACAUCACCAGGCUGACCCUCUACGUGAAGGAGAAGAUGCGUGCGCUUGCCCACACGACUCUUUCUUACAAGCUGAAGUGCCUCCUUUCGAUUUGCAUGUUCAGAUUUACGUCAGCCUUUUCCUCCAACUUGAUGAGCAACAUUUUUUUUGUAUUCUACAACGACAACGUUUCGUCAGACAACAAGCAGAUCCAAAUCAGCGUCUUUGUCUCCCUGAGCGGAAUCAUCAUGAUCUUCUACCAGUACUUUUCCUUCUCGUACAUUUUGAAAACGUUUGGAUAUAAUGGCACGGCAAUUAUAGGACUGCUGAUACAAAGCACGGGAAUCCUGCUGACCUACCACAGCAUAAAAUAUUAUAACAUAAUUUUUCAAUACAUCAGCAUUUGCUUCAUCCAUUCGUGCUCCUAUGCGUACAUAGAGCCGAUCAUACCAACCAUCAUAUCUUUAUUUUUUGCCAAAAAGGAUCAGCUGUUUUCCCAAAGCAUCGUUUCCUUCUUCAGAUAUUUAUCCCUCACCAUUUCGCCCAUCAUUUAUAGCUACUACUACAUCGAAAAUCAGCUCUCCCCCUUUUUCAUUUCCUCCUGCGUGUCCAUCAUAUCCAUUUUUUUUGUGCACCUCUCCUUUAAGUACCACAAGAGGAUGAACGCUUCCCUUUUGUCUAAUUAG